UAGAAACGAUCAAAGGGGCAACCUAUUGACAGCCGUACGAUCAAAACUCAUUUGACACAUCUCAGUUUCUCACUGACGUCCUUACAGUCAUCAGCUUUUUCUCCUCUUCAGAUCUCUGCUUCUUCUCCUCGGUUUCAAUGUCGCUUCAUCUUCUUCUCCUUCUUUCGCUACUAUCCCUGACGCCUUCUUUGCUACAAGCGUCGGUGCAUGAGUACCGAAGCGAGAGAUUCAUGUCGAAAGGCAACGCCUUUGUCUUCCACGGCGGCAGCGAAGGCAUCUACUCCUCUUCUCCCUCCGACAACUUCACCUCCGACUCUGAUUCCCUCUCCUCCUUUAUCCGUUUCGAGAAGAUCACAUUCCGGAGACCUGAGGAAGCUUCCAACACCUCCUCAUUACCAAUCCACGCCGUCCUUUUCGAGGUAGAAGACAGGGAGAACAUCGGAGGAUCAGCUUACGGCGGACAGAGAGCUGUCUGCUGCACAUCUGAUCUCGCCAAACUCGGUGUUUGCUCACACGGAGAGAUCAUCCACCAUCCUUCUUCUAAAGACUCCUCCUGGCCUCAAGUCUUUGGUGUUUCGUUUCUUGAGAACGAUUUGUCUGCUACGCUGCUUACAAGAUCGAUUCAGAUCACUAGGACAGGAAUGUACAACCUCUACUUCAUCCACUGUGAUCCUGCUCUCAAGGACUUGGUUGUUGAAGGCAAAACGAUCUGGAAAAACCCUGGAGGAUACUUACCAGGUAGAAUGGCUCCGUUGAUGUACUUCCACGGGUUCAUGUCUCUCGCCUUUGUCCUUCUCGGCGUCUUCUGGUUCUCCCAGUGCGCUAGGUUCUGGAGAGAAGUGCUCCCCUUGCAGAACUGCGUAACGCUUGUGAUAACGUUAGGGAUGUGUGAGAUGGCGCUUUGGUACUUCGACUACGCUGAGUUCAACGAGACAGGUGUGAGACCGACCGUGAUCACCGUAUGGGCAGUCACGUUUGGGUCUAUCAAACGCACGUGCGCACGUCUCAUCAUCCUUAUGGUUUCGAUGGGGUACGGUGUCGUGAGGCCCACGCUUGGUGGGUUUACAUCGAAGGUGAUCAUGCUUGGUGUCACUUUCUUCGCUGCUUCCGAGACUCUUGAGCUGUUGGAGAAUGUUGGUGCUGUGAGCGACUUCUCAGGGAAAGCGAGACUGUUUUUGGUUCUCCCCGUUGCGGUGUUGGAUGCUUUCUUCAUCAUAUGGAUAUUCAAGUCGCUUUCCGCUACUUUCAAGAAGCUUCAGACGAGGAGGUUGUUGGUGAAGCUGGAUGUGUACAGGAAGUUCACUAAUGCUUUGGCUGUAGCUAUCUUGGUUUCCGUUGGUUGGAUUUGCUACGAGCUUUACUUCAAGUCUAAAGAUGUUUACAAUGAGCAUUGGCAAAACGCUUGGAUCAUUCCAGCCUUUUGGCAGCUUCUCUCCUUCUCGCUCCUGAUUGUUAUAUGCUCUCUCUGGGCUCCAUCUCAGAACUCGACGAGGUAUGCAUUCUCUGGAUCUUCUGGUGAUUCAAGUGGGGAGUUUGAGAAGGAUGAUUACACACUAACCCUCAUUAAACCAUCUCCAGUUCCUUCUCAUGAAGCCAAGAGCCUCUCAGAAGCUAGAUCUUUGCCUGACCAAGAAGAUGCAGAAGAAGAUUUGGAGGAAGAUAAAAGAGAGUGAAGUAGUGAAGACACAAUAGUUACAGUAGAUCUUCUUCUACUUUGACACUUCUUUCUCUCUUUAUAGACAUCUCAAAGUUUCAUUUUAUGUAUUUCUUGUAGGUCACGUGAGUUUUAGUUUUGUACAAUACUAAGGUCAAGAGACCAAAGCAGCCUUUGUCUUCAGUGUUUUAUAGUGCUUUAGUUUGUGUACCCAUGUUUUUAUUACCGUAUGUAAUGUUGAAAUUUCAUUUUCUUAA